GGCCAUGGCGGCCCCGCACACGGAGAAGCUGGAGGGAGGCGUCCCGGCCCCGCCGCCCCCGCCGGGGCCCCCGCACCCCGCGGGCAGCGCCGCCGCCGGCGGGCCCGGCCGCAAGCAGGGGAAGGCAGGGCUGCAGAUGAAGAGCCCCGAGAAGAAGCGGCGCAAGUCCAACACGCAGGGCCCCGCCUACUCGCAUCUCUCGGAGUUCGCCCCGCCGCCCACCCCCAUGGUGGACCACCUGGUGGCCUCCAACCCCUUCGAGGAUGACUUCGGGGCCCCCAAGGUGGGGGCGACCCCCGCCCCCUUCCUGGGCAGCCCUGUCCCCUUCGGCGGCUUCCGCGUCCAGGGGGGGAUGUCGCCGCAGGUGCCCCCCGGGUACGGCGGAGGCCCCCAGCCCCUACGGAGGCAGCCUCCCCCCUUCGCGCCUGGGCAGAUGGGCCCGGCCUUCAGCAUGCCCCCCCAGAACCCCGGCUACGUGCAGCCCGGGGGCAUGAGCUUCCCAGGGCAGCCCUUCAGCCAGCCCCUCGGACAGAACUUCAGCCCCCCCACGGGGCAGCUCAUGCAGGGGCCCGUCGGGGGAUUCGGGCCCAUGAUCUCCCCCACCAUGGGGCAGCCCCCACGGGGGGACAUGGGCCCCGGGCCAGCCCUCAACCCCCCCGGGGGGCCGGCGGUGGCUCAGCGCUUCGGCCAGCCUGGUAACCUCUUUGGACAGUCACCCAUGCAGCGCCCUGGGCAGAAUGUGCCCCCGCUGCCCCCCACCGCCAGCCCCUUCCCCGGGGCCGACCCCGGCUUCCCCACUGGCGGCGAGGAGGGGGGCAAGAGCCUCAACCCGCCCCCCAGCACCUUCGCCCAGGAGCAGCACUCAGGCUCCCCUGCCGCCGUCAACGGGGCGCAGCCCGGCUUCGCCCCCAACAGCGCCGGCCGCGGCGCUGGCACCCCUGAAACCAACAGCCUGCCGCCGCCUCCCCCCGGCAAGGCGGCCGGCGGCUCGGGGCACCAGCCUCCGCCGGGGUUGGUGUACCCCUGCGGGGCUUGCCGCAACGAGGUGAACGACGACCAGGACGCCAUCUUGUGCGAGGCCUCCUGCCAGAAGUGGUUUCACCGGGAGUGCACGGGGAUGACGGAGAACGCCUACGGGCUGCUCACCACCGAGGCCUCCGCCGUCUGGGCCUGCGACUUCUGCCUGAAGACGAAGGAGAUCCAGUCGGUCUACGUCCGGGAGGGCAUGGGACAGCUGGUGGCCGCCAACGACGGCUGAGCCGCCCUCCCGCCGCCAUGUACAGCCUUCCCUGCCGAUUUAGGACCAAACCCCCUUUUUUUUGUAGCCGUCAACCCCCUGCCAUCAGCCAGAGAGACAGUGCCGGGCACCGGCUGCUGCUGGGAGCCGCCGUAGGCCCAGGGUGCUGCUGGCCGCGCUGCUGCCAGCCCCUGGCUGCGGGGGUGGGGGGCUCCGGCCCCGGUGUGCUGGGACUCCCCGGUGCUUCCCCGGCCCCCCAGCUCUGGCCGGUGGGGUCAGUGCCCUGGGCGGGGGGGGGCAAGAUGGUCCCCACCACCAUCUGUGAGCCCCUGUGAUGCCAUGCAGCAGCCCUGCUGCCCCCCUCCAUGUGCUUGGAGUCCCGCUGCUCCCCAGUGCCCGCCCCACCCCCCCGGUGCUUGGGGCCGUCCCGGUGGUCCCGUCCCCUCCCCCCGGUGCUCGGGACGGUUCCGGUGCCCCUCCCCCCCCCCCCGUUUUAGCUGAGCGUUAAUGGAAACUUUUGUACCGUCGCUAUAAAACUCUGGAACCCGCG